AUGGCCGCAACACUCCCUCCUAAGUCUACCGGCUCAACAAAGCUCGAUGCCGCUAUCCAGACUGCUUCCGCCAAUCAACCCAAGAAGCUGUCCGGCAUCGACCUCUACAGCAGAUUCGCCUUUGCUGGUGCCGUCUGCUGUUCAGUCACUCACGGUGGUCUCACUCCUGUCGAUGUCGUAAAAACGAGAAUUCAGCUUGAUCCCGUCACAUACAACAAUGGCCUAAUCGGUGGUUUCCGCAAGGUCAUCCAGAAUGAGGGUGCAGGCGCUCUCUUGACUGGCGUUGGCCCGACCUUCGCAGGAUACUUCCUUCAAGGCGCGUUCAAGUUCGGAGGAUACGAAUUCUUCAAGCAACAAUCCAUCAACCUGCUUGGUUACGAAACUGCCUCCAACAACAGAACCGCCGUCUAUCUUGCCUCCGCUGCCACCGCCGAAUUCUUUGCCGACAUUGCCCUGUGCCCCCUUGAAGCCACCCGUAUCCGUCUCGUUUCCGAACCUACCUUUGCCUCCGGCCUAAUUGGCGGUUUCGGCAAGAUUCUCAAGAACGAAGGUGUCGGUGCUUUCUAUAGUGGUUUCGGUCCUAUCUUGUUCAAGCAGGUUCCUUACACCAUGGCCAAGUUUGUGGUCUAUGAGAAGGUCGCUGAAGCAAUCUACAAAACCGCUGUUGACAAGAACACUGCCUCCGACGGAACAAAGACCGCUGUCAACUUGGGAUCCGGUCUCAUUGCUGGAUUUGCCGCCGCCAUCGUUUCUCAACCCGCUGACACCAUGCUCUCCAAGAUCAACAAGACAAAAGGCCUCCCCGGUGAGGGAACUACCAGCCGAUUGAUCAAGAUCGCUAAGGAGCUUGGUAUCCGUGGUAGCUAUGCUGGUCUCGGCGCUCGUCUCUUCAUGGUUGGCACUUUGACUGCUGGUCAAUUCGCCAUCUAUGGCGACAUCAAGAGAAUGCUUGGUGCUGUCGGUGGUGUUGAGAUUGCCAACUAG